ACUUUGAAACCUUUGGCCUUUUUUUUUUUCCAAACAGUAAAGCUGAGAAUAAAGCCCUCCAGCUCACAGCUAUUCACAACACAAUCACAUUCUUCUGAAACACAAACACGUUGCGACAUGUCGACCUGCCGGAGAAGGAACUGACCUUCCCGAUGAACUCAGCUUCCCUUUUCCCUCACGGCCAGUACUCCCGUUUCAGUCCUCCAUGCAGCAGGUGAUAAGCGUGUGGGUUCGAGACCCACGUAUCCAAAAGAAUGACUUUUGGCACGCAUACAUGGACUAUGAAAUUUGCUUACAUACAGACAGUGUGUUCUUCACCAAGAAGAUGUCGUGCGUGCGAAGGAGGUUUAGUGAAUUCGUGUGGCUCCGACAAAGGCUGCAAGCAAACUCCAUGCUGAUGGCGCAACUACCGCAGCUGCCCCCAAAGAACCCCUUCUUCAGCCUGAAUAACGCCCAGCAGAUCUCUGAACGCAUGGCGGGCCUUCAGAGGUUCUUACAACAGAUCCUCCUGAGUCCUCUGCUGCUGUCCGACAGCUGCCUGCACCUUUUCCUGCAGUCGCAGCUCAGCGUGGCCAAAAUGGAGGCCUGCGCCGAAGGAAGGACCCGAUACUCGGUAGCCCAGGCGGUGCAGUGCUGCGGCAUCAGGAGGUUUCUAUCCCAAGAGGACUUGCAGAAGGACUCAAACAUGUCCGGUGAUUCUGAUUCAGACAGCUCCGAGUGCAGAAGUUCAGAGUGCCAGUUUAAAGAAGAUUUGGAGUUAAAGCAGACUGCAUCUGAUCACGUAGGAUCCGAUCAAGAGCACAGCAUCUGCUCGUCUCCAGAUUCUACAUGACAUCAUCAUCGCUCAGGGAAAUACUGAGAGUCAAAGAACAACGUUAACUGUUACUUUGUGAACCUUUCCCCUAUUAUUUCCUUUCGUUUCGCUGAUGCAAGUAAAAGGUACUCAGUCCUCAUUUCAACUGUUUACAUGUACGCUGGCCCAAAAAAAAGGGACCAGAAGGUGGCAGUGUUGUAACAUCCAUCUCUUUUAAGCACAUAUCGUGAAUGUGCAGCAUGUUGUCUAUAUUUACUUCAUAAACAACUGUAUCACAUAUCAGUUAUUCGGUAGCCUGACUUCCAGAUAUGUAAAGACGCGUCUCACAGUGACUGUUUUUAUUAAUAAGGUGUGACCCGAGCAGAGUUAAGACUUGUCAGGUGGGACCGUGGGAGGGACUGGUGGGAAGGCGGGUGGGCACUGCUCCCUGCAGAGUAGUAACACGAGUUACACUGUCUUGAUGGCAUUUGCAUAAAUCUCCCACCCCAUCCCUUCACUUCACUUCACUUGCAUUAUAUGCUUCUACGUGUAGAGUUACUGUAUGCAGUGUGUGCUCAUGCAGAGGUAAUUAACACUAAACAGGAUGAGGCUAGUGUGACAUACAGUAUCUGCACAGCUAAUUAGAUGAGAUCGGCGCUCAUUACAGAUUCCGAGCAGGAGCAGACACAAAAAAACGUAAGUAAUUGAAAGGAUGGGGGUAGGGGAGGGGUGGGGGUCAUCACCUUCGAACACGGCGGAUGGGUGAGGAGCCCUCAAAUUGAAAUUGGCCCAAGGAUGUGUGGACGGAAAGUCUGCUCAUGCACGUCCGCUUAUGAUAAUGUUUUCAAUGUGAGGGGGAAGGAUAACAACAUAUUUAAAAUCAUGUUUUUGUAUUUUGACGUGACCCCAUGAUUUUAAAUCAAUUAUCCUGUAGGUAUCAUAAGGAUUCUUCAUAUCAAAUAUGAUGUUGUAUUUCAUUAUGUAGACAGGAUUGAGAUUCAUCAAAUAAAAUAAUCUUUUGAGUUUCCUGGAAACAAAUGAGUAUAAGUAUAAUUCAGUUGUAUUUAUUUCUCCUGGAGCUGGUAGUACUUGAAAAAUUAUUUGAGAACAUAAUUUUGCAUGAACAACUUCACAGGUUGUCAAAUUGUUCAAUAAAAGCCAUGUGUGUCCCCUAA